CUUUCAGUUUGCAUUUUGGCACCACUUCUCUAGAAUCUCUCUCUUCCAAAACGAACUUUUCCUUCAAUGUUUGCAUGCUGCUGUUUUUUGCCAUUCCACUCUUCUUGUCCUAUUUCCUUAACCAGUUUUUUCUUUCAGUGUUUUCAGAUAUUUAGCUGUUUUUCAUAAUCGGCAUAUGCGUAAUUGCUUAAGUUUAUUGCUUGCGGUUGUUGGUUAGUACCAUUAAGCUUACUUGGUGGCAUUUAUAAUGAAAGAUCCGCAUGUGCAAGCAACGGAUUCUACGUUUAUUUUAUUUUCAUUUUGGGUUUUAGGCCUCUUUGUGGCUGGGGAAAAAAAUAAUUUAAGUUAAAUCAGUUGUGUCUGUGGAUUCCAUGUUUUCGGCUGCUUUGAUUUGCCGAAAGUAAAGCUUUUAGCUCAGGUGGACUGAUUGUAAGAAAAUAUUUAAGUUUUUAAAUUUCUAAGUUAUUUUGUUUACCGCAACAUUUUCUCAGUAUACAAACAAGGAAGCGGUCUUCCUUGUUUCUCAGUAUACAAACAAGGAAGCGGUCAUCUCAGUAUACAAACAAGGAAGCGGGCAUCUUUGUUUAACCUGUUUGGUUUUGCUAUUCUGUUAACAAAAAAAUACUCAAUAAUUGCCUCUUUCCGCUCUGUUUCCGGUUAUUCUCGAGCAUUUUCUGGGAAACCAAACUGCACAUAGGCACCGUAGCAUCGUGGGUCUAGUUUUUCUUUUUCUUUUUACAAAAUUUCUGUAGUGAUAUGAUUAAGAAACAUUUACUUUGAUCUCUUAUGCUCUUUUCUGGGUCUGUUAUUUGAUACGAGUUUGACAAAAUUGUACCUUUCGUUUGUCCUUUUCUGCUUUUCGGUCUUUGCCUUUAUCUCUUUUGGUUCUUCUCAAGUGGGAUUUUAAAACUUGUACAAAUUUUUUACAUUUUGUCGCGCUCUCUCUCUGUUAAAAAAGUAGUCCCCUGACCAAUCCUCCGCCCUGUUUGCUUGCUAAGAACCGAAAGGGAAAACCAAACGUUAACUGAGGUUUUCUUCUGUCGAUGAGUUUUCAAUUCAGUUAAAAUUCUUUUCCUAUAUUUUCUUGGCUGCCAAACGGAGGUUUACAGCUUUCAAUAUGGAUCUGUUGCGAAAAUUUGUCAUUGAACGCAAUGAUUUCUGUUCUUAGCUCUUUAUGUGGAUCUAUGUGUCCGCGAAAUAUCUACUUUGACCAGAUAGUCGGUUCCAAUGUCGACGUAACCUCCAACAACUUGCACAUUUGACUCGGAUAAAAUGAGGCCAGUUUUCUGCAGAGAGGUGUAAAGUGACUUGUAGUUUGACGUGUUGGAAUCUUUGCUGUUUGGUUGAUCUUUAUCGCUUGGUUGACUAUUCUUGUGAUCUCAGAAUUUCAUGUGACUUCUGGCAAAGGAGAUAGUCCCCAUUUAUGUCUGAUGUAAUGCCAUCGUUCUCGAGCUGAGCUAAUGGGGGGUUGCGUUUCAACUAGUACUCAAAGUACUUGUAGUAGCAGGAGCAAUGGAGAGAUGGUCUCUCCGUCUUGUUUUUGCGGGCAAAAGAGAACAAGAAGAACAUUCUCUGAUCAUGUUGUUAGCCUCCAGCAUUUAACAUCCAUACCAAGCCGGAUUUUUAUGAAUGGAAAGAGCCGUUCCUCUUGCAUAUUCACACAGCAGGGCCGCAAGGGUAUAAAUCAGGAUGCCAUGAUUGUAUGGGAAGAUUUCAUGUCUGAGGAUGCGGUAUUUUGUGGUGUCUUUGAUGGACAUGGUCCACAUGGCCAUCUUGUUGCACGCAAAGUGAGGGAUGCCUUGCCGAUAAAGCUAUCAUCAUUCUUGCAUUCUUGUCAGUCAAAGUGGGAUGGAUCAAAUACAACUUGUUUCAAAGGGAAUCUCAAUAAAUCCGAUGCUGAAGACUCAGAGCAGUAUUGUUCAGCAGAGGAUAAAUUGAACUCCAUAUGGAGAGAAGCUUUUUUAAAGUCAUACAAGGCAAUGGACAAAGAGCUGAGAUCUCAUCCAAAUUUGGACUGCUUUUGUAGUGGCAGCACUGCUGUCACUUUAGUCAAACAGGGUUCAAACCUUUUUAUGGGAUAUAUUGGGGAUUCUCGAGCAAUUAUGGGAUCUAAGGACAGCAAUGAUUCCAUGGUGGCAGUCCAGUUGACUGUUGAUUUAAAACCUGAUUUGCCAAGGGAGGCAGAAAGGAUUAAACGGUGCAAGGGUAGGGUUUUUGCCUUGCAAGAUGAACCUGAAGUGUCUAGGGUAUGGUUGCCAUUUGAUGAUGCACCUGGAUUAGCAAUGGCUAGAGCAUUUGGGGAUUUCUGUUUGAAGGAAUAUGGGGUGAUCUCUAUACCUGAAGUCUCUCACCGGAUACUUACAGAGAGAGAUCAAUUCAUUGUUCUUGCUUCAGAUGGGGUAUGGGAUGUCUUGAGCAAUGAAGAGGUGGUUGAGAUAGUAUCAACGGCUCCAACCCGGUCAUCAGCUGCAAGGAUCCUGGUGGACUCAGCUGCUCGUGAAUGGAAGCUCAAAUACCCAACUUCAAAGAUGGAUGACUGUGCAGUGGUUUGUUUAUUUUUGGAUGGGAAAAUGGAUGCUGAAUCUGAUUAUGAUGAGCAAAACUUUUCUUCUGCAACCCUUCAGAGCAAUCAUUCUGGUAAUGCCAUUGAAUCAGAUGAUGGCCAGAAGUCUGAGCCAUCUUUGCAAAGGAACUUUACAGUCAGAUCAUCAGAAGAAAAUGAUACAUAUGGAAGACUACCUGUUGACGUGGAAGGGAAUGGGGAAACAGUAGAAGCUGAAGAUCAGAAUUGGUCAGGUUUGGAAGGUGUCACCCGAGUGAACUCCCUUGUUCAACUUCCUAGAUUUUCUGAAGAGAGGCCAAACCUUGAAAUUUUGUGAUUUAUUUAAAGGUGGAAUGGGGCUGAUUCUGUUGUUUGUGUCUUGAUGUCCUUUGCACCUUGCAAAUCAAAGAAAAACUUCCUGGGUUUGUGGCAUUGUCACUAAGGUUUGUGCUGUACAUUUAAAGCCACAAUGUUUGUUCUUUUGUAUUGCCUGAAAUUUAGUGGCAAAUCACUUUCAUCAAGGAAAACCUGAAUCAGCAUGUUCAAAUUUGUGCAAUAUAUAUACAAUUAUUGUAUUGACAAGUUGCAUAAAGUAGUCACAUAUGCCUUGGUUGUGUUUAACACUACAAUUAGCAGCAAUUAUAAGGAGGUCAUCACACCUUGUCGGUUGUA